UUCCGAAUGUCAACCAUGUUUGCUCAUUACAUUGCAUAGCAUUUUCUGAUAGGAGACGUACUUCUAUCGACUUACAAGAUCUGGUAUAAAAGUCACCACAGAUUGCCAGAUUGGACACACGUCACCAUGCGCUUCUCAUUUGUGCUUCUCCUCGCGGUCCUCGGCUGCUUCCUGUUGGCCCAGGAGAGUGGCGCUGCCACAGGCACGAGCACAACCGUCGCGGCUACAACCAGCGCUUCGGCUACAACUACUGUCGCGUCCACGGCCACCACAACAGUCGCUCCUUCCACCGCAACCACCACUGUUGCCCCUUCGACCUCGGACACGACCACGGCGUCAUCCUCUUCCUCCGGUUCUUCUGGAUCUGCAGCGGCCAGGCGUCGCACACGUGCCUUCAUUCGUCGUCGUCGUCAGCUAAGGAGGCAGCGCCAGGAGCGCAGGAGGCGUCGCAUGCUACAGCUGGACGCGAGGCAGCGUAGGCUGAUCAACCAGCUCCGCGGCUAAGCACUGCAUGAGGUGGCCUCGCCCUGCGAUGGGGAGGAAGUUAAUAUGUAAAUAAA